GAGAGAGAAAAGAGAGUUCUAGAGAUCUAGAGAGAGAGAGAGAGAGAGGGGGAUGGAGAGGAGGGAGAUGGAGCGAGCGCGGCUCCUGAGCUUGGCGGUGGAGUUCGGGUUCGAGGAGGAGAUCGCGAAGCAGUGCUUGGAUCGGCUCGUCGAUCUCUACGGAGAGGAUGGUUCUGAUUUUGUAACUGUGGAACAUUGCGGGGAUGAUUUCCUUGGCGCACUAGCUGAUGCCAUGCAAGACAGUGAAGACUGGGAUGACUUGCAAGCUAUUGAAACUGAAGCUUGCGGGACAUUAAAUAAUAUUCUAGCAAAAGAUAUAUCAGGGGAUGCAACUAUCUCCGAAUGCUAUGACAGUAGUAAAGGAGACUCAUCUAGACAACAUGGCGAAAAAUAUUUGCAGCAGCUAAGUUCUACUUCUGAUGAUUCUGACGUGGAAGUGUUGAGCCAAAACGAUUUUCGCCGUCGUAAUUCCUUCGACAGCAGCAAGAAUAAACAUAAAACAGCCUCUCAAGGGAAGGGUACAAACUCUUCAAAGCCGACUGGAGGCAUUAAUAAAGUUAAGUCAGUUAGAUCAUCUCCUGAUGUAGAGAUUUGCUUGGAAGAGUCACAAAAUGAAACUUUAAGCUACCAGGAGCUUCAGGAAAUGGAUGACAUCGAGUUAGCAAAUAUUGUGAUAUUUGGUAAUAAGAGUUUUCGGUCUCUGCAAUAUCAAGCUUGCGUUGCAGCAAUGGAGAACAAAGACUGUUUUAUUCUUAUGCCCACUGGUGGGGGAAAAAGUCUGUGUUACCAGCUCCCAGCAACUCUGCACCCAGGCGUUACCGUCGUGAUAUGUCCACUCCUAUCACUUAUCCAGGAUCAAAUCAUCACGCUUAAUUUAAAGUAUGGUAUACCUGCAACUUUCUUGAACUCUCAGCAAACUGCUUCUCAGGCAGCUGCAGUCAUCCGAGAACUAAGGAAUGGUAAGCCAUCAUGCAAACUUCUAUAUGUAACUCCAGAAAGAGCUGCUGGAAACUCGUCAUUUCUUGAUGUACUGAGAUGCUUACACCAGAAGGGUCUGCUUGCAAGAUUUGUAGUUGAUGAAGCACAUUGUGUAAGCCAAUGGGGCCACGAUUUCCGUCCAGACUACAGAGGACUGGGAUGCCUGAAGCAGAAUUUCCCUGGAGUGCCUGUUAUGGCUUUAACUGCAACAGCAACUAAAUUUGUCCGCGAGGACAUAAUAAAAACUCUGAGAAUCCCUACUGCUCUAGUGCUGGAGACAAGCUUUGAUCGACCGAACUUAAAAUAUGAAGUUGUUGGUAAAAGCAAAGAUUCUAUGAAACAGUUAGGCCAAUUGAUAAAAGAUCACUUUGGGAACAUGUGUGGUAUUGUAUACUGUCUCUCGAAGAGUGAGUGUGUCGAUGUUGCAAAGUACUUAAAUGAGAAGUGUAAGAUAAAGACUGUAUACUACCAUGCUGGUUUAGCGGCUCGUCAGAGAGUUUCUGUUCAAAAGAAAUGGCGCAACGGAGAGGCUCAUGUUGUUUGUGCCACCAUAGCAUUUGGCAUGGGGAUCGACAAAGCAGAUGUGCGUUUCGUUAUCCACAAUACUUUGUCGAAAUCAAUCGAAAGCUACUACCAGGAGUCAGGAAGGGCAGGAAGAGAUGGUCGCCCAGCAUCGUGUGUUGCUCUAUACCAGAAAAAAGAUUUUAGUCGAGUUGUAUGCAUGUUAAGGAAUGCCGGUAGCUUCAAGAGCGAAAGUUUCAAGAUGGCCAUGGAUCAAGCGAAGAAAAUGCGAGAAUAUUGUGAACUUAAGACUGAAUGUCGUAGAAAAACUCUUCUAUCACACUUUGGAGAGCAAUUUGAUAGGCAGAGAUGCAGAGAUGGUCCUAGCCCCUGCGAUAACUGCAUAAAAAUGACGGAAUAAGUUAAUACACUCGACUCUCGCAUUCAUAUACACCAUCCCUGAAGGAUCAGAAUUUUUGGAAGUCGACAUCAAACUGAUGGUGGACCCUGCAACAAAAGAGAUCCAUCACAGGGAAAGGCCGUGCAUCUCUAUACCACUCAAAGGAUUAUGUCAUCGAGCCCGCAAAUUGAGGAAGCAUCUACCAGGUCUUUCAAUCUUUUUUAAAUAAGAUUAAUUCGGCUCUUUGCUAUCUUAUUUAGUGUCGCGUUUAAUUAAUUCCUUUGUUUUAUUAAGUGAUCCUAAUAUUUUGUUAACAAAUGUGGUUCAGAGAUAUAUAUCAGACAAAAUGAAUGAUUCAAAUCUUUUUGUAAAAGUACAAGAAAGGGACCGCUAAAAUGUCUUUGUAGUGUUCUUGCAUUCA